AUGCAGGGCAAUAAUCAAGCCUUGGGCAGUCCGACUAAUCGGAUCAACAUCCUGGCCCAUGGAGCGGCAGCGGGGAUGACGAUCAACCGGCCGAAGGCUUCUUCACUGAUUUCGGAGCACGAUGGGCUCACCAAAGUAGUCCAAGGAUGGUUGGCCGGGAUGCUGAAAGUCUGGCGGUUCCGGACGAUGCUGGUGCUCGUUGACAUCGGCUUCUUCUUCACCCAAGUCAGACAAUGGUGGCUUACCAAGGUCCGGGAUGGGCCGUCCUUCUUCACCUCUACCGGUCAGGCCACCAAGAGCAAUAAGGAAGGCUUCGAGGAUCUCUUGCAACGCCAAUUGGAAAACCUUGCUAAGGAAGAAUUCGGCGUGACCCUUGAUGAUUCCGCUUUCAUGGGUUGA